AUGUUGGCUUUCCUUGAUCUCCCACCUGAAAUUCGCCUAAAAGUAUACGCUUACUCGUUGAACCCAAAUGAAUACGUAAAAUGCUAUCGAAAAAUCGCAACAAAUCCUAUUCUCGGCUCUGCUUUCACGAGAACCUCGAACACUAGGUCUCUAAGCCCCCCACUAUGCGAUACACCUCGUCCAUAUGUUGAACGACAUACGCCGACUAUUCUUCUACUUAGCAAACAAAUCACGUAUGAGGCACUUCCGGUUCUCUACCGGAUACCGUUGACGCUCCAUGGAACACCGCAAACAUACUUCGUCAUGCGCCAGAUGGAUAUUGCGGAAUUUAUUUCCGAGCAUCUCCUCCAGAAAAUUGAAUAUGCGAUCCUACGCCUGAUUACGCCUGAAAAGUUCUUUGUUCUAUCGCUUCUGGAUAUCUGGGGUGCAGGCAAUCGACUCAGAAGGCUGGAUGUUUAUCUCCCCGAAGAGGCAGAACGCAACAGCCGACAUUGGGAAAUAGUUGGAACUAGGGUGAUAUAG